AUGGGGCUGCUUGAAGAAGACACUGCUUUCCUGUCCAACAUACCUGUGCCACUGGAUAUUACGGUGGCUGUGGUCUAUUUUAUCUUUGGAGUAUGUUCACUGUUUGGCAACAGCACGCUGCUGUAUGUAUCCUACAAGAAAAAGCACCUUCUGAAACCUGCUGAGUACUUCAUCAUCAACCUAGCAGUUAGUGACUUGGGCCUCACUCUGUCCCUUUACCCUAUGGCGAUAACUUCAAGCUUCUACCACAGGUGGCUGUAUGGGAAAACAGUGUGCUCCAUAUACGCUUUUUGUGGCAUGUUGUUUGGCCUCUGCAGUCUGACCACUCUAACUCUGCUAAGCAUGGUGUGCUUUGUGAAAGUGUGUUAUCCAUUCUAUGGAAACAGGUUUAAGUCUGUUCACGGCCGUUUGCUGAUUGCCUGUGCUUGGGUAUAUGCCCUGUUAUUUGCCUGCUCCCCACUGGCCCACUGGGGGGAAUAUGGACCAGAGCCUUAUGGAACCGCUUGUUGCAUUGACUGGCGCCUGUCCAAUCAGCACACCACAGCACGUUCCUACACUGUGGCACUGUUCAUCUUCUGCUACAUCCUUCCCUGCUGUGUUAUUGUAGCAUCCUACACAGGCAUUCUGGUAACAGUGCACGCAUCCCGCAAGACUAUGGAGCAACAUGCAUCAAGGCAGACACAUAUGAGCAGCAUCCAGACAAUUAUUGUUAAGCUAAGUGUUGCUGUCUGCAUCGGUUUCUUUGCGGCAUGGAGUCCAUAUGCUGUGGUGUCCAUGUGGGCUGCUUUUGGACACGUUGAGAACAUCCCUCCUCUGGCAUUUGCCAUGCCAGCCAUGUUCGCCAAAUCCUCCACCAUCUACAACCCAAUCAUCUACCUAAUACUGAGGCCAAACUUCCGCAGGAUGAUGCACAGGGACAUCGGGACUCUAUGCCAUGCCUGUCUGAAGAUCUGCCUCUGCUCCCAAUGCUGCACUAAGCCAGAGAUGAGGGUCAGACUUCGCACAAUCCAUAGACAGACCAACCAAUGCCCCUCAUCCAACUCCUCUGCUCAACCCCCUAUGGUACCAUUAAAGGAUUACAGUUGUGAGAAGUGCAAGGAUGCUUUUGAGUGCUUCAAACACUACCCUCACAUGUGUGGUGUCACUAACCCAGCUGUCAAUGGAGACUCAUCUAAAGAUCAAGAGACUCCAGUUCCCCAAAUACGUAAGGAGAAGACUCAAAGUGUGUGCCAUAAGAAGUCUCUGCUGGCUACCAUGUGUGCAAAAAGGACUUCAGAAAUAGACAACCUCCAUAUUAACUUAGAGAUGGUCCCAGGGCAUGCAAAAGUUGCUUGGCCCUGA